AGGAAGCAAAGCUCUUUGGAGUCUUCAUGACAUGGCACUAGCGUGUAGCCAUUCUAUCUAUGGCCGGUCCGGCGGAAAGGUGAGGAUGCGUGCGGCGGAGGCGUCACUGGGUCGCCUGCCUUGCAGGUCUUAUUAUCAUAUUUGAAUCAAUAUAAGACCAUACUCUCGACGUGACUCUUCGAACAUCGGAUUCAGAACUGGAAUCACCUUCGAGUUACUUAUCAGACUCAAAGGACCGUAGUUGGCAAUCGUCCCUACAUCACACUUUCACAUCAACAUGGCGGAUCUACCUCAGAAAUACAAGGCCAUCAUUUACGAUGCGCCGGGCAAGGUUUCAACCAAGGUGGUCGAACUCGAUAUGCCAGAGCCCGGACCUGGAGAGAUCUUGGUCAACAUCUCGCACUCGGGCGUCUGUCAUUCAGAUCUAGGAGUCAUGACCAAUCGAUGGGCAGGACUUCCAUUCCCGACUCAACCUGGACAGGUCGGCGGCCACGAAGGUGUUGGCAAAGUUGUCAAAUUGGGCCCCGGCGCCGAUGCAAGCACGGUGAAACUUGGCGAUCGAGUGGGCAUCAAAUGGAUCGCAUCGACUUGCGACUCAUGUCCUGCGUGUCUUGCGGGCCAUGAUGGAGUCUGCUUCAACCAGAAGGUCUCCGGAUACUACACGCCUGGAACUUUCCAACAAUAUGUCCUUGCUCCUGCACGCUAUGUCACUCCUAUCCCCGACACUCUGCCAUCCGAUAUGGCAGCACCUUUACUUUGCGGUGGUCUCACUGUAGUCGCAGCCCUGAAGAAGAGCAAAGCUCAAGCGGGUGACUGGGUGGUAUUACUAGGCGCUGGCGGUGGUCUAGGUCAUCUGGCGUCACAGAUUGCAUCCAAGGCUUACGGUAUGCGGGUUAUCGGAAUCGAUGCUGGUUCGAAGAGGGACCUGGCGAUCGAGUGUGGCGCAGAAAUCUUCAUUGAUCACACGCAAGGCAAGGCCGAGGAAGAAGUCAUGAAGGCCACAGGCGGGCUUGGAGCGCAGGCCGUCCUUGUGCUGACGGCAGCCAACGCUGCUUAUGGCAGUGGAAUGGGCAUGCUGAAGUUUGGUGGUACUCUUGUGGUCGUGGGUGUCCCUGAAGGGGAACUGAAACCCAUUGCCACAGCCUACCCACAAAUUUUGGUCGCAAAGGCGCAAUCGAUUGUUGGUGUUGCGGUCGGCGACAGGAAGGAGGCCAUUGAGACCUUGAAAUUCGCAGAACGCGGCCUGGUUAAGACGCAUUUCAGAACUUGCAAGAUGGAAGAACUGACCUCGAUCUUCGAGCAGAUGGAUCGUGGAGAGCUGCAAGGAAGAGUGGUGUUAGACCUUAACGCAUGAUUGACAUCGAAUAUAUUCAUGAUGUAUGCGAAGAUGUACACCAGACGUUCAUUUAGACUUGGCCAUCAAGGUGCACAAUGCCUAGUUCCAAACCGGAGUACAUGAACUACGACGUGAUCCCUUCCUG